AAUCAACAGUUUCUUAUUUCUCAAUUACAAAAAGAAGACAAGUUACGGUCUUGACGCCAUUUCCAACUGUAGAAUUAUUAAGUUGAUGAUGACAAUGGCAACGGCAAUGGGGAUCUCAGCAUGUGGGGUUAGUCUUCAGUGGACGAAUCCCAACUCUUAUUCGUCAGGUAAAGGAUGCAAAUAUGCUGGUCAAUCCGUGAGAGCGUUACCUAUUCGAACCCUAACGGUAGGGAAAAAGAGGCUCCCAGGUGUACAAUUGCUGGUGGAUGAAUAUAUUGCAAAGCUCAAAAGUUAUUGUCAUGUUGAUGAUGUUCAAAUUCGCUCCAAUCCUAAAAAUGCGCGCAAUGUGAUGGCUCAGGUUCAUGAUGAAGACAUAGCUGUCAUCAACCUUAUCACGUCUAAUGAUUGGGUGGUGAUGUUGGAUGAGCGUGGACUAGAUCUUAGCUCUGAGCAAUUGGCUGAAUUGUUAGGGGAUGCUGGGAAUACGGCAGCUUCAAGAUUAUCAUUUUGCAUUGGUGGACCAUAUGGUCAUGGACAACGAGUGCGAAAACGUGCAAAUGUGUCGAUCAAGUUGUCGUCGAUGGUAUUGAAUCAUCAAAUUGCACUUGUUGUGCUCAUGGAACAAAUUUAUAGAUCAUGGACUAUUUUGAAAGGACAAAAGUACCAUCAUUAGCCUUGAUUUCCGGCCAAGCAUGCUGCACAGAUUGAAAUUUUUGUGAGAACCUACAUUCGUAGUCUUGCACUCGACACCAAUAGCAAAUGAACUAGAUGGAAAGGUGUAAAGCAUGCUGCAGACUGACAUAACAAUCUUGAAGAGGCAUAGACAAAGUUUGGGAGUUGUUGAACUUGGUAAAUUAAGUUUAUGCAUUGUUUUUAUUGUAUCAUCUAGCUACAAGUAAGAGAUUCACAGUUGUAGUUGUAAAAGGAUUUAACAUUCAAGGCAAUCCCAAACCAGUAAUCUGUGUACCAAAUAAAAAAAGAACGAAGGUUAAAAUGUAUUUGACAUUGAAGUAUAUUAUUGUUUUAGCAUUUAGGGAAGAUGGAGAUGCAAAUUAGGUUUGAAUGAACUUGAUAUUCAAGGAA